CCCAAAAGAAAGUGUAUUUUUUUCCUUCAAUUUGAAAAGCUUCUCUCUUUCCCUUACCAAAAGUCAACGCCUUUCUUCUUCACCUUCCUCUUCUUAUCUUCUUUCUCUUUUCCCCCUGAAAGUUUAAGAGCAAAAUAAAAGAGAGAAAAAGGGAACACAAAUAUAUCGAAUUUUUAUUUUUAAUUCUUUUGGGGGGGUUAUGGGUAACGGUUUCGGCAAGUUAAGCGUGUGUUUCACCGGCGGCGGCGGAUAUGGCGGAGGGGAAGAAGCUCGACGUCGGAAGGAAAUCUCCAUGUUACUAUCGGAUCCCCUCGACGAAGGCCUUGGCCACUCCUUUUGCUACGUCAGACCCGACCCGACCCGACUCUCUUCGUCCAAGGUCCAUUCCGAGGAAUCCACCACGACUUUCCGUACGAUCUCCGGCGCCUCCGUCAGCGCCAACACGUACACGCCGCUCUCGACGGCGCUGGUGGACCCGUACGUCAGCUACAGCAACGGCUGCUUCGACAGGGCGGCUGCUUUCGAGAGCACCACAUCGUUUUCCUCGAUCCCGCUGCAGCCGAUCCCUAAGAGCUUGAUAAAUUCUUCCGGUCCGAUGUCCGGUAGCCUCGUUCCAGGUUCGGGUCCCUUGGAAAGAGGGUUUAUGUCGGGUCCGAUCGAGAGAGGGUUCAUGUCGGGUCCCCUCGAUAAUGUUAAUAACAAUUACAGUCGUGGGUUAUUUUCGGGUCCACUCGAAAGAGGCUUCUCCGAUCAGUUUCAAAGAAGCUUUUCCCAUGGCGCUUUUGCUUUUAAACCCAGAUCGAGAAAAGGGUCUUUAAUUCGGAUCCUCCAAAGAGCAAUCUCGAAAACCGUUUCUCGCGGCCAAAACUCUAUCGUUGCUCCGAUUAAAGGUGUCGUUUCAAUUAAAGAACCCGAAUGGAUAAUCGGGUCCGAAAAGAACCCGAUUCCCCAUCACAACGAGAAUUUAACCGUCAGCAGCUUGAAUCUGAGCAGCGAAGGUAGCUUAGACGACGAGGAGUCAAUGGAAAGUCAAAAUCUUCAAUGGGCACAGGGGAAAGCCGGCGAGGAUCGGGUACACGUCGUUGUUUCGGAGGAACAUGAAUGGGUUUUCGUUGGGAUUUAUGAUGGAUUCAACGGCCCUGAUGCUCCUGAUUAUUUGUUAUCAAAUCUUUACUCCAAUGUUCAUAAAGAACUCAAGGGUUUAUUGUGGGAUGAUGGGUUCGAACAAGCCCCUGCGACUUCCCCUGAAGAUGAAAAACAGAGCAAUGAACUAGAAUCAGCUAAGGGUUGUUCAUAUGAUGCUUGUUCCCGAUGUUUAGAGCAAGAAGAUGCCAAUUUUGAUUCGAAUUCAAUCUCGAAAUCAAAGAAAGGAAAGAACUUGAAGUCAAGAAAGUACAAAGGCGCAGCGAUGAAUAGGUGGGAAGAGAAUCAAAGGAGGUGGAAGUGUGAAUGGGACAGGGAAAGAUUAGAACUUGAUAGGAAGUUAAAGGAACAGCUUAGUCGAAACAAGUCGGGCGGAUCAAGAUCGAUGGCGAUAAACCACGGGGACGUAUUGAAAGCUUUGUCUCAGGCUUUGAUGAAAACAGAGGAGGCUUAUUUGGAUAUAGCAGAUAAGAUGCUGAUGGAGAACCCAGAGCUGGCUUUGAUGGGGUCUUGUGUGCUUGUUAUGUUGAUGAAAGGUGAGGAUGUUUAUGUGAUGAAUGUUGGGGAUAGUAGGGCAGUUUUGGCUCAAAAAACUGAGCCUGAUUAUUGGUUAGGCAAAGCUAGACAAGAUUUGGAGAGGAUCAAUGAAGAAACAUUGCAUGAUCUUGAAGGUUUUGAUGGCGAUAGAUCUAAUGUAAUCCCUGAUUUAACUGCAUUUCAGCUUAGUGUGGAUCAUAGCACCAGUGUUGAAGAGGAAGUUCAAAGAAUAAUUGAUGAACAUCCGGACGAUGCGUAUGCAUUGAUGAACGACCGAGUUAAAGGUUCUUUGAAGGUCACUCGAGCUUUCGGGGCUGGUUUCCUCAAGCAGCCUAAAUGGAAUGAUGCAUUGCUAGAGAUGUUUAGAAUUGAUUACAAGGGAACUUCUCCAUAUAUCACUUGUGUUCCAUCUCUCCACCACCACAAAUUAGGUCCCAAAGACAGAUUUUUGAUACUAUCUUCUGACGGCCUCUAUCAAUACUUAACGAACGAGGAAGCCGUCUCUGAGGUCGAACAUUUCAUCACCCUGCAACCCGAAGGUGAUCCCGCUCAGCAUCUUGUUGAGGAAGUGCUGUUCCGUGCAGCCAAGAAAGCCGGUAUGGACUUUCAUGAGUUACUUGAAAUACCACAAGGGGACCGACGGCGGUACCAUGACGACGUUUCCAUCAUAGUUAUUUCAUUAGAAGGAAGAAUAUGGAGAUCUUGUGUAUAAGUAGAGAAAAAAAAAACAGAUAGAAAAUAUAGAGAUAUCUGCUAAAAGAAAGUCCAAAUUUCCUUUUUUUGAGGUUUUUUUUCCUGGUCACCAUUGUAACAUAGCUAUUAAGUUCCUCAAAGACACUGAGGAACUUAGUUGUGAAAUGUGCAGGGUGGUGAAAAAGGGGUGUAAAGGUGUAAAAGCUGGUUCAUGUUGAUUAUAUAAACUGUCAUAAAAAUUGUAA